UGGAAUGUACGUUCGCAGAAAGUUAGUGAAAGUUUGGGUUAAUUUUGGUUGAAAUGUCAAAUUAGAUGGAUGUUUGGAAGCAUUGUAAACAAAUGUUUGAAAACUGCACACAGAUUUAAAUUGAUUUCGUGAACAUUGGUUGGCGAAACUCUAAAUCGAUAGCAAAGCUAUUCACCAAUGGAAACCUCCAGCAUAACACCUCACCCCGAAGACAUUGCCCACUUCUGUCGAUUCUGCCUAACGAAAGCCCCAGCGCUGGUGCCGAUCCAGUCUACCGUCAAAGAUGUACCGAUUCCCAAGAUGUUCGUCCUGCUCACCGGUGUCACGAUAGACCUGAACGAUUCCUACCCUCAGAAAGCAUGCUCCGAGUGCUGCGGAAAGCUGGAAACGGCCUACAACGUGCGACAGUCGUUUCUGGACAAUGUGUUUAAAUUGCCUGAGUUUUUAAAAUCGCGUAAAGGCAACGUUGGGUCGGAGUCGGAAAAUGAUGAUGAUGUUGGCAUCAAAAAUGAACCUUGGGAAAGUUCAGGAGAAGCAUCAAGUGAAGACGGAAGCUCGUCAGAGUUUGAAUACGUAGAAGUGGAAGCACCGCCGAAGAAAAGAAAAAUAACAAAAGCAAUUAGCCUGUCCAAAGAAAAAAUCGUGGGUAAAAAUCCUCGCCAGAUUUACACCAAAGGUUCUGACGAAUCGAAGCAAUACACAUGCAAAUACGCAGGAUGCGAGUACGUUACCGCGGACUACUUCAAGUACCAUCAUCAUAAAAAAAGUCGACACGAGCGCAAUUUCGAGUGUUCGAUUUGCCAGAAACGGUUCCCAAAGCAGAUCCAACUUUCGAAUCACGCAAACUCGCACCUUGAGAAAAGCGAAAGGCCGUUUGCGUGCGAUCAGUGCGACCGAAAGUUUACCUCAAAGAGAGCCUACCCAGUCACGGCGUUCUAG